GGUUGCCCGUCCUUUCGCGAGCUGCGUGUGGUAACGCAAACGCGGAUUCCAUGUCUUUUCUUGUAAGUAAACCCGAACGGAUUAGGCGGUGGGUGUCUGAAAAGUUCAUUGUUGAGGGCUUAAGAGAGUUCGAACUGUUUGGAGAGCAGCCUCCGGGUGACUCUCGGAGAAAAACAAAUGAGGCGAGCUCCGAGUCGAUAGCUUCUUCCCCUAAAAGGGACACCAUGAGCAACUUCCUACCAGACAGCAGCUGUUAUGAGUUGCUCACUAUCAUAGGCAGAGGCUUUGAAGACUUGAUGGUUGUGAACCUGGCCAGGUAUAAACCCACAGGAGAGUAUGUCACAGUCAGAAGAGUGAACUUGGAGGCCUGCACAAACGAAAUGGUCACAUUCUUGCAGGGGGAACUUCAUGUUUCCAAGCUCUUCAACCACCCUAACAUCGUGCCAUACAAAGCAACUUUCAUAGCUGACAAUGAGCUAUGGGUAGUGACGUCUUUCAUGGCCUAUGGUUCUGCAAAGGAUUUAAUCUGUACCCAUUUUAUGGAUGGGAUGAGUGAACUGGCUAUCGCAUAUAUCCUCCAAGGCGUAUUGAAAGCACUUGACUACAUCCACCAUAUGGGCUAUGUACAUAGGAGUGUUAAAGCCAGCCAUAUCCUGAUCUCUGUAGAUGGGAAGGUGUACCUCUCUGGCCUGCGAAGUAAUCUAAGUAUGAUCAACCAUGGGCAGCGACUCAAAGUUGUUCAUGACUUUCCCAAAUACAGCAUCAAAGUCCUGCCUUGGCUCAGUCCUGAAGUCUUGCAGCAGAAUCUCCAGGGUUACGAUGCAAAAUCUGACAUUUACAGCGUAGGGAUAACAGCCUGCGAACUGGCAAAUGGACACGUACCAUUUAAAGACAUGCCUUCUACUCAGAUGCUCUUGGAAAAGCUGAAUGGAACUGUUCCCUGCCUGCUAGACACCACCACAAUUCCUGCUGAUGAGCUGACUAUGAAAACCUCCCGUUCAAGUGCUAACUACGGGAUGGGCGAGAGCAUGGCUAUUAGCAAUGUGAGAGCGGCCAACGGAGAGCCAACCCUGCACCCUUAUCUUCGGACCUUUUCCACCUACUUCCAUAACUUCGUAGAGCAGUGCCUCCAGCGGAACCCCGAUUUCAGGCCAAGCGCAGGCACUCUGCUUAAUCAUCCCUUUUUCAAGCAGAUCAAGCGCCGUGCUUCUGAAGCACUCCCUGAACUUCUGCGCCCCGUCACCCCAAUCACCAAUUUUGAAGGAACGCGGCCCCAGGAUCCCAGUGGCAUUUUUGGGCUGGUAUCAAACCUGGAGCAGCUGGAUGUGGAUGACUGGGAAUUCUAGAAAAACAGGGACUAUACCUGGUUCUGGAGGAGCUUUCUGGACAUUGUAAUUUAUUGGUUCUGUUCAUAAAAGGUGAUGAAUGUUACACAUAGAAGAGUUUACAGGUCCUUGGGAAGGAACUUCAACUGCCUGUUUACUUAGGAAGUAGCCUGGAAACAAAUGGACAGACCUGAGCUGGAAGAGGAUCAACCCCAAGGAACUGGAGUAUUCCAGAUGGUGCAGUGCCCAGCGCCCCAGUUCUUGCAGCUGAGCACUGGUAGAUCACUCAAAUGGGUUGAGUGAGCCUGUUUAGUCUCUAUUUAUGCGUUUCUGAAAAUCACUGGCUUCCUCGUAUCACAGUUGAAGGCUGUGUGUCCCUACCCUCUUUGGUUCUUUCUCUUUUAAGGGUGCCUUAGAGUUAAGGGGAGGCAGGCAGCUCUUAGUUUUUGGCAUUCUCUUAGAGCUAGUCAGAUUACUGUUACAGUGUUGUCACAGGGUAGCUUUUGAGAGUGUGGAAAAAAGGGAUUAUGUUCUCUAAAUUUAGUCACUGCUUUGUGAUGGAAAAUGGGAGAUCAAAGACAAUCCGAUUCCAUUCCAGGCACACUUGCUGCAUCGGGCUUUCUUCUACAGCGCUGGAUUCUUCUCUUCCAGUUCUGGAGAGAGCUUUUGAAGAGACUCCUCUCACUUGAUGCCGAGCGCUCUGAACUCCAGGUCAGACAGGGCAUUCCAGCCUCUCCUCCCAUGGCUGCCUGGGUCACCAAAGCGUGUACACAUGCACAAGGUACCAGCUUUUUUAUCCCCACAGCACAUCUAGUUGAGCCUCCCGUUAGCUGGGCUGGUUUCACAGUAGGUAACACUCAUACCAGCUUGUUCUCAGUGACUUACCCUGGCACAGAGGAAAAUUAAGUUGACUUUCAUGCUAAAUCCUCUUGCUCACGACUCCUCUUUGAAUGUCAUGUACAGAGUUGAUCCUAAGCCUUCCAUUACCACUGCUGUUCUGCCUUCCCUGACUGAAUGACAGGUAAAAGCUUGCUUCUCACAUGGCUCCCCUCGAUUCAUGGCUGUGUGACUUUGCCCUGCUGCUGUGGCAGCUCCCCCCAUUCCAUGGUAUUUGUUUUUUGGAGGUGCAUUUAAGGCUUUUAGUUUGACCUUUCCAAGGACCAUGGGUGCUGGAGGUCUUUCUACUCUUCAACGAAGCACUGAGAAUCCAGUCCUGUAGGUGUGGUUGAUGGGAGUAGUGGUGCUGGCAACAGGUCCUUCUUGUGUUUAUAAACUGUACUUGAACCCAGAUAAAAGUUUGUUACUCUAGUUUUUUACCAAAACAAAUAAAGUAUUUCUGAAGUUUU